CUUAAUUUGCUGUAUGGCUAUAUACAUAUAUUCAUUUCAUUGUUUUGGUAAUACAAAUAAUCUUCUGACAAAAAAGGGUUAUCAGAAAAGAACAAUUGCACUUAUUUUCUUUAUACAUUUCUUUGAUUGAAAGAAUUUCCCAUACAUAUUUGAUCAUACCAUGUAUCACUAAUAUAUAUUAACCGAUAAUUAUUACGUUGUCUCUUAAUUUGUGUGUGGCUAUAUAUAUUCACCAAUUUAGAGGAGCUGUUCAGACAAUAUUCUCUGGUAUUUCAAAAUCUGAAAGGCACGUCUUCAAGUUCAUCCAAAGAUUUUUUUUUUCAAAUUUUCUUGUUAUGUUAUUUCUUCUUCUUAUAUAGUCAAACGUUAGUUUCUAACUCUUUGUGGUACAGGACCAGGAAAAAGGGUAAAAAUAAUGGCCCCAAAAAAUGCUUUGAAAAUUUUGGUGCUGGGAUGGUUUAUGGUGUUAGAGCAGCAUGUAAUUACAGGCUACAAGAUAUCGGCAGAAGAAGAUCAAGAGUUGGAAAGACAGUUAAACCUCUUGAAUAAGCCUGCUGUCACAACUAUUCAGACGACGUAUGGCGAUUCAUAUGACUGCGUAGACUUUCAUUUACAACCAGCUUUUGAUCAUCCUCUAUUGAAGAAUCAUAAGAAUGAUUUUGAGAUGAGCUCUUUUGAUUUUCGGUUAGAGCAAGGGACAAAUGGUGUUUCAUUUGAUUUUGAUCCAUCAAAGAUUUGGCUAAAUGGGAAAGGAUGUCCGCCUAACACAGUUCCAAUUAAAAGGAUCACAAAACAAGACCUCAUCGGAGCAAAUGUUGCCGGUGAAAUAGCGUAUAAUAAUUCCCUCAAUAUAAAUCCUGGUGUUGAAGUUGCAGUGCUCAGAACAACCGGGCAAAGUAAGUAUUAUGGAGCUGGAAUGACAGUUUCGGUGUAUCAUCCUGCAGUGCAGGGUACACAGUACAGUUCCAGUCAUAUAAAAUUUCAAAAUGGUCCUGAUAGUAUUUCCGUUGGAUGGACGGUUAAUCCCAGUUUAUACCCCGAUAAAGAAACUCGGCUCUUCAUAUACACUGUCACCAAGAACUCACACUGUUACAACACCUUCUGCCCUGGCUUCGUAAUCUUGAGUCCUAACAUUCCUGUGGAUCUGCUUCUCAAACCAUACUCUAAAAUUGGAGGACCCACCUACGAAACCAACUUAUUUGUGCGCAAGCGUGCUACAAAUGGGGACUGGUUUUUAGCGAUUGGAAAAGAUGUACCUGUUGGAUUUUGGCCACAAAGGAUAUUCACUGGGCUGGCUGAUUCUGCAAACUACGUAGAAUGGGGAGGAGAAGUUUAUAGUCCACCCGGCACUAGCCCCCCUCCAAUGGGUGCAGGACACCUGCCUACUGGAAAACUAUACGACAAUUGCUAUGGCAGACAAAUCACUCUUAUAGGUGAAAAUCAACAGAUUGAUCACAAUCCUCCAUCGUGUCAACCUUAUUCGAAUAGCAAGGGUUACAAGUUGGUAGAUGCCGGAGUUAUUAGGCCUCCGUUCGAUCGAACCAUUGCCUUUGGUGGUAACGGUUUAUGAAACCAUAUAUUGUAGUCUUUUACUAGCACAUAAAUGGAGGUUAAUAAUUAUUAUGCGUUGAAACCACUGCAUAUUAGUGGUUUAUGGUAGUUUGCUCAAGCUAGCAGUAAAUCAUAUUGAUCCUGAGGUACUAUAUAUCAGAUGUUAUAUGUUCACAACUUCCCACAAACAAGUCUUGUGCAUAGCUCCUUCGCUAGCACUUAAUUUUCUCAUGGUUCAUUGUUUGCAACUUUUGUUCUGUACGGAUGAACACCGUCACGCUAAAUUUUAUUAAAUAAGAAUGUAAGUUGGAAUUUGUAAACUUUUUCCGUGGUGGAUCUUUCUAACCCUACACAUUUAGAAGUAAUUUAUACUAAAAAUUUACCUUUACUAUUGUCAUCACCUUUCAACCCUUGGAGAGAAUUGAAGUAACAGAGCCCCAAAAAGUCAAUUCCCAGCUGCUGUUAUGGAAUGGAUGCUUCGCCCGUAAUUCAUUGAUUUGAUGCUUCUCCUGUUGGAGCUUUUUACUGCAAGGACAAGAGCAUCAGAAAGUUGAGAAAAUCGAAGCAUAAAAAAACAAGGCGAGGAGAGAGGAGAGGAGAGGAGAGGCUCUUGCUUUCUUCAAAAAGGAUCGUCAAAAAGUGCAACUAACUAACAAAAUAGCCCACCAGAAAAUUGACAACUGGUGAGGAGAGCGAGAUACCAUCAUAUCAUAUAAAUAUUGUAUCGAUGA